AGGGAGGGAAACGCUCCAAAAAAUGGAGGAAAAAGGGGGGAAAAGAGAGAGUUGUGAGGUGUUUGAUAAAGCCCUAAACACUCCUUAAGUUAACUGUAACCUUCGAGACUUCGAGUGUGUGUAUAUCUUUUGAGCGGGUCAGUGCCAAAGGAAAAGGGCGAGUUGGUGUUUGGAGGCAAUAGGGUUAGUAAGAAGAUGGCGAAGGAGGUGAACGAAGAGAAGCAAGGGAUAGAAGUCAAGAUUGAGGAAGCUUUGCGCUCUCGUAUUCAACAUUUCAAAGAAAAUGCCGACUCCUUCACUUUGGAGAGGGUGCGUAGACUGAUAGAGGAAGACUUGGAGCUUGAAAAGUAUGCUCUUGAUGUGCAUAAACGAUCCAUUAAGCUGAUCUUGGAGAAGCUAAUGGAGAAUGCUGCUGCUGAUGGUGACCCUAAGGAUUCUCAGGAAAAUUUGGAAAAAGACGCUUCUUUGACUAAACAAGAAAAAGAAGUGCUCGAGUCCCCCAAAAAGCAAGUGAUAAAAAAAGAUAUCAAAGAGCCAGCACUUGAUGAAGCAGAAAUGGAUGAUUCUCCUAUAAUGGGUGUUAUGAGCUCGAAAUCUGAGUCAGUGGAUGCUCCAAGUGUAAAGGCAAGUGAGAGCUCAAUAAAGAAGGCCAUCUGGGAGAGAGCUGCUCACUUCAGAGAUAAUUCCGAGUCAAUAACUCUGGCUGGUGUUCGUAGACUUCUGGAAGAAGAUCUUGGUCUUGAGAAAAAUACUCUUGAUGCCUUUAAGAAGUUUAUUCAGAUUCAAAUAGAUGAGGUGUUAACACCUUCUGAAGCUCCUAAAUCUAGCAGUGUUAAGAAAAGCCCUGAAAAAAAAAGUAAAACAGCAAAGAAGAGUGGUGAAAACUCUAAUUCAUUUAGCAGCCAACGUAAACAUAUAGCAGAGAAAGUUAAAUCAAGAAAGAGUUCUGCUGCAAAAGAAACAGUUGAGAAAUCUGAAGGACUGAAGAAACGGAAAAAACCUAAUUCAGAAGAUAAUGUCCCUGCAAAAAAGCAGAAAGAAGUUUCUAAGAAUCUGUCGGAUGAAAAUAGUGAUGGAGACACUGAUAAGAGUGAUUCUGAAGAUGGUCAAUCUGGAUCGUCGGCUGAAAUAAUAUCUGCCAAGAAGAAAGUUGUAAAGGGAACAUCAGCUAAUACCGGAUACGGAAAACGUGUGGAACAUCUGAAAUCAAUCUUCAAAGCUUGUGGGAUGAGUGUUGCUCCUUCUAUUUAUAAGAGAGCCAAGCAGGUAUCUGACGACAAACGUGAAGGCUUCCUGAUAAAGGAGUUAGAAAAGAUACUUUCUGCAGAAGGGCUAUCAACGAACCCCACCGAAAAAGAAAUCAAAGAAGUCAAAAAGAGAAAGCAAACAGCAAAAGAAUUGGAAGGCAUUGACUUAAGCAACAUUGUUUCAAAUACACGAAGGAGAUCAACGACCAGCUUUGUGGCUCCUCCAAGACCCAAGUCACCUCCUAAAAGUGAUAAGAAUGAUGACAAGGAUGGUGAUAGCGAUGCUGAUGAUGCAAGUGAUGAUGACAAAGAUGAUGAUGACAAUGAAGAUGAUGAGAGCAAUCAGAGUGAUGAGGAGUUCAAUGAAGGAGGUGAUAAUCUUCAUGUUUGUGCUGGUAGCAGUGCUUUAAAAGGCUUCUUGGCAUGA